AUGGCGCGGAGUAAAGCGAGCGAGUUUUACUGGGUGCCGCCGUUCAAAAGUGACUGUGAGGAGCUGCUGGGCCGCUUCCAGCAAAGCGAGUCCGUGCGGUUUGAGGUGUUUUCGGCUAUCUGGAGGGAGCUGGACUUCGCUAGCGUGUUUUCUGGAAUUGCUUUCAAAGGUGAGAAGAGGUCCUUCACACGGCUUACUUUCACCACAGCCUACAGUUACCUUCUGCCUCCAUACAGCUUUCAAAUUCGGGUUGGGGCCCUGUAUCUGAUCUACAGCCUCUACUAUAUACAACCUGCUUGGCCUAAAGAAAAGAUCAGAAUUGCUCUGAAGGACUGGUGUGAUUUGCAGAAGCUUGUCGCGGAUGCAAAAAGUUGCCAGCAUCUGGAUAUUGUUUACAUCUUUAAAAGGCUUUUGUCAGGGAAGGCCUUUCAUUUUACUGCUUUGCCUAAGAAGCUAACAUUUCAAUCAAGUGAACGCAUUCAGCAUCAUGUAAAUGAAGAAUUUCGGGUCUGUCGAGAUGCAGUGGCUGAAGUUGCUUCAGUUGAAAUGAUAGACGAGAUUGCCAAUGUGCACGGUCAUUACGAGAGACUGAAGAAAUUGUCACUGCCCACAUCGUUUGGAGUGACACUGCUUAAUCUGACAGAUUCAAUUGGACAAUGUGUUCUUGAGUACCGACAGUGGCAGGACAAAAUCGCAGCUGCAAAGAAGAAAGACUCCAAAAAGAAUGAGACUACUCAGAAAUCAGAGUCCGCCAGUAGAGCUGAUAUGCUUGCCACCAUCAAGUCCAAAUCCUGUAGUCAUGCGUCAAAGGGAUCAAGAUCCAGACGCCACAGACCAGUUGAGAUGGCUUCUACGUCAGGUUCUGGAAGUGAUCAAGUACUUUUGAAAGGUCAUGUGAGACCGCCUUCCCUCAAGACCAGGACCUAUAAUCAUUUUGGAAAACCAGGAGAGCCAGAACAGACGAAAGACUGGCUUUUGAGUGUGAUGGAGGAAGACACGAGUGCAUUAAAACGCAAAGAUUCGCGAAGAUUCAAGUGGCAAAAUUACUAAAUGGACUGGACAGAGCCAUUAAAUGUAUGUGUGUAUAUUUGCAUCUAUACUUCAAUUGAAGUUGUCAAGCAUUGUGCACUAUUACUAGUUUUACAACAACACAGGUUUUUUUUUCUCUUCAUAUUUAUUCUUGAAGGUUAAGUAUUGCAUUAUUUCUUACAAUUUAUAGCAAAUAAGUAAUGGUUUCAUUUUGCUAAUAAGCAUUUUUGUAUUGGAUGUAAAGAUCACCAUAUAUUUGUAAAUUCUGCCUAUUUAGAUGAGUGAUAUUUUCUGAAAGCUGUAAUCUUCCUAAUCUGGGAUUUCAUUGCAAGAGGCAGGGGAAGAUGUUUUGAUUUAUAUUACAAGGGCACGUGUGAUAAAAUAAAGACGUUCACAAAUAAAUGACUUUAUAACCUGCAGUGUUUCAAAAAAUGGUCUACUUUCAUUUCAUGCUCCUCUAAGAAAUGAAUAGCCCUGUCUCCCUCUAGUGGAGAAAUCUUUAA